CCCUGAACUCAGCUGAACACAGUUUGACGAAGCUGACCAUAUCACAGGACUAAAGAAGUUCCAACAGUUUUUUUUUAACUUUAUUUUAUUUUUUUCACAGGCCGACCUCCUGAGACUUGCCUUGACCCAGACUGGACCCUUAAAAUCCUGCUCGCCAUCACAAUGGAAUAGAAGAGUACUUUGGACUACUUUAUGCAAAGAAUUUAUAGACUGUUCCAGAAAGAGAGAUCUUUGUAAGCACCUGGAGCCAUGGCACCUUGUGUUGGAGGUCCUGUGGGAUACACCCCUCCUGAAGGUGGCUGGGGUUGGGCCGUAGUGUUUGGUGCCUUCAUUUCUAUCGGUUUCUCCUAUGCCUUCCCAAAGUCCAUCACUGUGUUCUUCAAGGAAAUUGAAGUGAUCUUCAGCGUCUCCAGCAGUCAAGUGUCCUGGAUCUCUUCCAUCAUGCUUGCUGUCAUGUAUGGAGGGGGUCCUGUCAGCAGUAUCCUGGUCAAUAAGUAUGGAAGUCGACCUAUUAUGAUUUUAGGAGGCUGCCUUUCAGGAGUCGGGCUUAUCGGUGCCUCUUUCUGCAAUACUAUCGAAGGCUUGUACUUCUGUGUCGGUGUAGUGGGAGGUCUGGGACUGGCAUUUAAUCUCAACCCAGCUCUUACAAUGAUUGGGAAAUAUUUCUACAAGAGGCGCCCAAUAGCUAAUGGCAUUGCUAUGGCUGGUAGCCCAGUCUUUUUGUGUACUCUGGCUCCCCUGAACACCUGGUUCUUCGACCAAUUCGGCUGGAGAGGGAGCUUCUUGAUUCUGGGAGGACUUCUGCUGAAUUGUUGUGUAGCUGGAUCACUGAUGAGGCCCAUUGGGCCAAAACCAAAACCUGCUGUCAAAGCUGCCAACAGUAAUAGCGAAGCCAGAGAGAAAAAGAGUGUAAUAGACACUAUCAAUGGUUUUAUCGAUCUUACACUCUUCAAGCAUCGUGGCUUCUUGCUUUACCUUAUGGGUAACGUGAUCAUGUUCUUCGGCCUCUUCACUCCUCUUGUGUUCCUCAGUAACUACGCUAAGAGUAAGGACAUUCCCAGAGAGAAGGCAGCUUUUCUGCUUUCUGUCCUGGCCUUUGUAGAUAUGGUGGCACGACCUUCAAUGGGAAUAGUCGCCAACACAAAAUGGGUGAGACCAAGGGUGCAGUAUUUCUUUGCAGCAUCCAUUCUCCUUAAUGGUGUGUGCCACCUGCUCGUCCCUCUGACCACCGACUACACAGGGUUUGUGAUAUACUCCAUGUUCUUUGGGUUUGCCUACGGCUGGCUGAGCUCUGUGCUGUUUGAGACCCUCAUGGAUCUUGUGGGAACUCAACGUUUUUCCAGUGCUGUAGGACUGGUGACGAUUGUGGAAUGUGCGCCAGUUUUACUGGGGCCACCCUUACUAGGGAAGUUCAAGGACAUCUACCAUGACUACAUGUAUACAUACAUUUCCUGUGGAAUUGCCCUUGUGGUUGGCAGUUUGUUUCUGUUCAUCGGAAUGGGUAUCAACUACAGGUUACUGAAUAAAGAAGCAAAAGAGGAAUCCAGGAGAGCCAAUCUACAGGAGGAACCUGGCAAAGAGAUACAGGCACUGAAAGGACCCAGUGACAAUACUGCAGAGGAUGCUGUGUGACAAUAGCUGAUCCUGUGUUUUUUUUCUGGGUGAUUCUUUCAUUUCUGUGCUUUCUACAUCAACGAUCUGAUUCCAGACAUCCAUCUUGGACUAUUCUGGUUGUGAUGCAAAAGUUUCAGUGCCUUGCAUGAGUACAUGCAUGCAAUAUAUAUUUUAUAAUAGGGCUGGACAGUAAUUCAAUAUCAAUAUGUACUGCGAUAUAUUUUUUCCAAUAACGGUGAAAUUAUUUUUAAACACAUUUCCGAUAUUUCGAUAUACAUUGCCAGUGUUUCCCAUUCAUUGAUUUAUAUGUGGGGUUUGACUUCGUUGAAUAGACACGAGCACUGCACGUUUCGAAAUCAAAACACGUCGCGGGUGUUUUAUAUGAAUGUAUAUCUGAAGGGAACCAACUGUCUACAGAAAAGUUUCGAUGGCACUUUCAUUUUAUCUGAUAAAAAAACGUUCAUAACCGCUGGUUCUACACUGUUCUACCGCUCUCACAGCGCCUCCUGCUGGCAGACAAUCACUUUGCAUUCAAGUCCGUUUCCAGCAACGUUUAUUUUUUUCCUCUGCAGCAACUCGGAGCACUUUUCAUACUCUUUAUAGCCUACUUUUAUUUUACUUUUUUUUCAAUCUAUAAGAAUAAUCAGCGUACACAGCUUAACAUUUUUGAACAAUAAGAUUUUUUAAUGUUUUAAGAAUGUGUUUCUUUUAAAUAAUUAUUCUGCUCACCAAGCCUGCAUUUAUUUAAUCCAAAGUACAGCGAAAAGUUUAAUUUUGAAAUAUUUUUAUUAUUUAAAAUAACUGCUUUAUUUUCAAUUGUAGUUUAUUCCUGAGAUCAAAACUGAAUUUUCAGCAUCAUUGCUCCAGUUUUCAGUGUCAUUCUAAUAUACUAAUUUGCUGAUUAUCAAUAUCUAAAAGAGUUGAGUAAAAAAAAAAUAUUCAGGAUUCUUUGAUGAAUAUAAAGAUCCAAAGAUUAGCAUUUAUCUGAAAUAAAAAUCUUUUGUAACAUUAUACACUAUUCAAAAGCUUUGAGUCAGUAUGAUUUCUUUCUUUUUAUUUUCUUUUUUGUUGUUGUUGUUUUUUGAAAGAAAUUAUAGACAUUUUUAUUUAGCAAGGAUGUUCAAAAAUGGAUUUAUCAAAAGAGAUGAUAAAGACAUUCAUGUUACAAUUUGUAUUUCAGAUAAAUGCUGUUCUGCAGAAACCCUCUAUUCAUCAAAUAAACCUGAAUAAAUUCUGCUCAGCUGAAAAUUAUUUUUUUGCAGCAAAAUCAGAAUACAAGAAUGAAGGAUCUCAGGAGGAUCAUGUGACUGGAGUAAUGAUGCAAUUUCCAAAUAUAAAACAGUUCUUUUAAAUCGUAAAAAUAUUUCAAAAUGUUACUGUUCUUCUUGUAUUUUGCAUCAAAUAAAUGCAGGCUUGGUGAGCAGAAGAUACUUUUUUAAAAACAUAAAAAAUUGUAUUAGGUGAGUCUGAGACUAUUAUUUGACAGUGAUUUCACAUUUAUUGUUUGUAUGCAAGCCAAAUACAAUAUAUAUAUAUUUUUUUUUUCUAAUAUAUUAUAUGGUUUUAAAUGAGGUGUCAUAGACAUGGGAAAUUAAUUUUUCAUAAAUUUGUAUACAGAGAUAUCUGUUGUGGGCGUUCUUGGCAGUUUUUAUGAGGCUUUUUUUAAUAGUGUUAAUAUCGAUAUCGGAUUAUAUAGUAUCGACCGAAAUUAAGAAAUAUCUUGUGAUAUCAAUUUUGGCCAUAUCGUCCAGCCUUAUUUAAAAAAUUAUUAGUAUGUUUUUUUUUGUUUUUUUUUUAAAGUAUAAACAUUUACUAUAGGACAGGAACUGUAUCUAAUCUGUUUUAGGGCAUUUUAUGUAGGCUAGACUGAGAGUGAGAGAGAGAUUAAAUCAGUUAACACAUGCAUAUAAAGAAUUAAUCUACAAGAAACAAAUGUUGCCUUCUAACAAAAAAGGUAGAGUAAUGUGAAAGCGGUAGAUAUGCAAGAGUCUCUUGUUAAAUAUAUGCACAAACUGAACAUAAAACUUUCUAAGUUAAAACAGUUAAUGCAUUGUUUUGUUAUCCAUGCACACUCACCAGUGUCUGUUAUUUUGUGUAUUCUUGUGCGUCUGUGUCUAUGUGUGUAGUCUAGCAAUGAUGAAAUAUUAUUUACUUGUCUAAAACUGUGUUAACGCAAAGGCAAUUUGUGUAUAUCCUAAUGGAAAAUUGUUCUUGAAAUGCCAAAUAAGUUACUUUUAGAGCCCAUUUAAAUGUAUAUAAUGUUUCUGUUGCAAAAUGGUUAAAAUAAAAAUUAUUCUCAUUAAAUAAAAGUUGUAUGACUUCA